AUGGAGACUCUACGUCGUAUAUCAUUUCCAUAUUGCGAAUUGAGCAAUAGCCAUGUCAGCUUGAAAAAAUUAGUAUUGACUGAUGAGCCGUCGUCAAUUCGUAGGAGUAUAUCUUUACAUGACAACAAAGCGAUUGAGUCAAUCGAGAUGGAGUAUUCUGAUUCCCAUCAAGCAACAAGAGAUCUUACCCAUUAUAUUGAAAACCCUGAUGUUUCAGAGAAAGAUGAAUUCCCAUUGUUAAUUAAAGUCAAUCCGGCAUUGCACAAGUUAAAACUUCAUGUUCUAAUAAAACCAACUAAUAGAUUCAAAGAGAGAUCCCUUAUAAUUGUGAAAUCCACUGGAAAUUAUGAUAUUCAAACAUUAAAGCAUCACCUAUAUGAUGAUAGUUGCACUGAUGAAAUGAUAGAAAUAUCCAAAAUAGAUUUUGAUAAAUUGCCACUUAAUGAAGAUGAUGAAAAUUUCCAAAAACUAAUAAUUAAUGACCUGUUUGAUAAUGCUGCAAUUAGAAAUACCAAAUUAAAUAUAUCUUUAUGGGAGAACGACCCAGCCACCAAUGAAUACGAGUAUUUGUUAAACUUUGGAUUUUGGGUGGAUGACUUUCCAAAGGAAGACCUUGUAUCUCCAGCUAACCUACAGGAUCAGUCUCCAACACGAAGUCCCAUUCUGAACAAGCCAGAGGAUCGAUUGUUUAACGUGGGGGACUUCAGAAGAGAAUUUAAUUUCAAUAUUGAAGAUGGGCCCGAGUUUCGGAAGACAUUGGCCUAUUAUGAAGACCGAAUCCCUCGUGCAAAGAAGAUUUAUUCUACACUUAUCGGUGAGUUUAAAAAUUUGGAACAAGGGUUGAGAAAGUUUUCUAGUUCCAAAAUGAGGAUAAUUGAAGGUAUAAAUGCAUUAAUUGAUCUUCAAUCGAAUUCUUUAUUAAAGGAUUUUGGGUUUAUGCUUAACUUUCUGCUUAUAUUCAAGUCAAUAUUUGAUCCAUUUGAAGCUAAUUUGAGUUUUUUCCUUAAUGAAGUUUGUGAUGCUAAAUUAUUCAACAAAUUAGCUCAUAAUUUAGCCACGCUCCAAGAUUCAACUGGAAGUUCUGGUAGUUCUUCAGCUUCUAAUUCUCCGUCAAAUCACAAUGAAUUAGUUCAAAGCAAAAAGCAAUUUGAAAACGACUCAAAGGAAUAUUACAGCUGGCUAAACAAAUACUUGUCCAAUGAAAAGGAAAGGCCUGAGCUGAAGUUGCUAUUAAAGAGAAAGGCUUUUGAGAUGUCCAAGUUUGAUUACUUGAACCAUUUGAGUAAAACAACAAACAAUCAGUAUGUUAAUGUAUUGUGGGAGAAUCUUUUCAAGUUCAUCCACUUGAGAUAUGAUGUUAAGAAUCCACGAGUCUUAGAGUUCGCCAAAUAUAAAGACAAGAAACAAAGUCAAGAUUUGAUUGGUGGAAAUUAUAAGACCUAUCUCCAUGCAUUACUUAGAUUCAAUAGUGAAAAAUAUAAAUUUAGACAAAUGAUUGAAGCCAGUACUUCAAAUGAAGAAUUGACAACCUUAAUAAGAUACAAUACGUUAAAUCAUAAGCAGAUGAAGCCAGCUAAACAUGUGGCUUCCGAUGAUAGCAUCACAACAACUAUAGACGAAUUUGUAAUCACCAACGAAAACAUUGAUUUGAUAUUUUCCGAUAGCCACCCUCCUAGCGAAACAGUUUCACAGACUAGCGAUUCUGAAAUGACGGGAAUUCUUUUUACUUUAGGUGGACAAGGGAAGCAAGGAUGGCACAAGGAAUGGGUUGUAUUGAAGAAAGGUCAACUUACCGAAUAUGCUGAUUGGAGGAAAGGAAAAAAGCCUUUAAACAAGCCAAUCGAGGUAGCUUUAUCAAGUGUAAAACCAAUAACGUAUGACAAGAGACAAUUCUGCUUUGAGAUUCUAACUUCCAGAGGAACGAAAAAUGUGUUUCAGGCAAUAAAUGAAGACGAAAGAACUAAAUGGAUCAAAGCAUUGUAUAAUGCAGCCCAAGUUGUGAAUACGCAAAGAUUGGAUGCAGUAUAUUCGAAGAACAAAGCUUCCGGAAAUCAGUUUAAAGUUACUGACAAGAGAAAGAAUUUAGGAAGGCUAAUAACAGACCUUGUCGAGAAGCCUGUUAUCCCAGGUCAAUCCAAGGAUCGAUCUAUUUCUCCUGUUUCCAUUACCUCAAGAACAACUAUUUUGGAGAAGGACUACUUCAAUCUUGUGAAAUCGAUACCUGAUAGUGAUAAUAAUAAAUGUGUUGAUUGUAACUCGACUGAGCUGGUAGAAUGGAUAUCAAUCAAUACUUUAUCGUGCUUUUGCGUUCAAUGUGCCUCAUGUCAUAGAAGUAUUGGUUCCCAUAUUACAAAAAUUAGAUCUUUGAAGCUUGAUAAAUUUGAAAACGAGUUAGAAAUGUUGUUGAGUUAUACAAACAAUCGUUAUGUGAAUUCAUUUUUAGAAGAAAACAUGCCUCCAGGUGAAAAAAUUCAACCAGAUACAGUAAAUGAGAAGCGAUUAUCUUUUAUCAGAAACAAAUAUGUACUCAAGAAAUACAAGUCGAUAAUACCCGAUGUCAACAACUUGCUUAUUAGAUCUAUUCAAAGAAUCAAUAUUCAUGGUGUCUUGAAGAAUAUUUUAUGUGGAGGGGACGUAAACGUGAAUAUUCAAAUUAAUAUUCCAAAUAAGAAUGAAUACCUAGUGAUCUCGCUAUUUGAAUAUUCUUUGAGGAAAUUCGUUGAAAUCAAAGAUGAAAGCAUGUUUUUAACAAAUUCCAAGAAAUUGUUUGUAAUUUCUGAACUAUUGAUAUUGAAUGGAUGUAAAGUUGAUCUCACUCAUGAAUUGAAUAAAGAGAUAGGUUUGACCAAUGAGGCACUUGAAUAUUGGAAAUUGAGAAGUCUAAAAUUAAGUGGAGGGCUUCUAACACCAUAG